GGGCGCCAGUUUCCACCACAAACAAGAACCACCUCAGUCCAUGAGAUAACUGGCUCUUCUCUUCCUCUCUUGGAGCGUUCUAUAGAGAGAGAGAGAGAGAGAGAGAGAGAGAUGGCAGCAGAAGUUGGGAGCUUCGUGUUGGGUGGGUUCGCCAUUAACAGCUCCGCGACGAGCAGUUCGAAGUCGCGGCCUUUCACUCCCGCAAGUUCGGUCCCUCCCUCUUGCACCCACUUCGCUUCUGCCCGAGCGCAGGUUGGCGAUGGUGUUCUCAACAAUCCCUUGCUUGGCACAAGAAUUGGAGCAAAUUCUGAACAUAGGUGGUUACAACCCACUUACAUGGCCAAAGUUGCAAAAGGAAGUUCUGGCCUAGUUGGGGACGAUGAGGGUGUAGCCAACGAAUUGGAUUAUGGAACAGAGUAUGGUAGAGUAGACCAGAUCAAAGCUGGCCUUUACCAGGCUGUCCAUGGAUUAAACAGAGGGAUUUUUGGUGUACCAUCUGCAAAGAAGUCUGAGAUUGAAGGUCUUGUUAGGCAGCUUGAGUCUCAAAAUCCAACUCCAAAUCCAACAGCGAAUUUAGACAAGGUUGGUGGAUGCUGGAAGCUUGUAUACAGCACGAUUACGAUUCUAGGUUCGAAGAGGACAAAGCUAGGACUGCGAGAUUUCAUAAAUUUGGGAGACUUUCUUCAGAAGAUAUAUGUUGCUCAGGGCAAAGCAGUCAACGUGAUCAAGUUCAACGCAAGGGGCUUGAACAUGUUGAACGGGCAGUUGACGAUUGAUGCAUCAUUCAGAGUCGCAUCUGAAUCAGUUAAACCUCUAUCACUGCUCUUGUUAUUUGCUCUUUUGCUUCAUGAUUUGCUGCUAAUCUAUAAUUCUGAGAUAUUUAGACAAUUUUUACUUUUACAGAGGGUUGACAUUAGUUAUGAUAAAUCGACUAUCACUCCCGAUCAGUUGAUGAAUAUGUUUCGACAAAACUAUGAUCUCCUGCUAGGCAUCUUCAAUCCUGAGGGGUGGCUUGAGAUUACUUAUGUUGAUGACACGAUGAGGAUAGGAAGGGAUGAUAAAGGCAAUGUCUUCAUACAGGAAAGAUCAGAAGAGGAGACAUGAGUAUCAUCAGAAGUUCAAUCCCCAAUUGCUCUUGUUGUUCUCUGUAUACAUUUUUCGAUUUUUUCCGGAAAUUUUUGUAGUUGGGUUUUGACCUUCAUUAUUCUAAAGAAAAAUUAUAUCCUGCAGGUUGGUUCUAGUAAAUAAAUUGGAAGCCAUCACUUCGGCAUGGUUUUUAUUUUU